AUGCUGACCUCGCGCACCUUCCUCAAGCGCACGCGGGCCGGCGCCGUGCUCAAGGUGGUGCGCGAGCACUACCUGCGCGACGACAUCGCGUGCGGGGCGGCCGCCUGCGCGGCCUGUGGCGCCGGGGCGGCGGGCGGCCCGCUGCUGGAGGCCCGGCCCGGCGGGGCCGCCAGCAGCCUGUGCCCCGCUCCGCACUACCUGCUCCUGGACACCAACGUGCUGCUGCACCAGAUUGAUAUUCUUGAAGAUCCAGUUAUUCAAAAUGUGAUCGUUCUUCAGACAGUAUUACAGGAAGUGAGGAAGCGGAGUGCACCCGUAUACAAGCGAAUAAGAGAUGUGAUAGCGAAUUCUGAAAAACAUUUCUAUUCCUUCACUAAUGAGCACCAUAAGGAAACAUACAUAGAGCAAGAACAGGGGGAAAACGCCAAUGACCGCAAUGACAGAGCCAUCAGAGUAGCUGCAAAAUGGUACAGUGAGCAUCUAGCAAAGUUGCAAAGUGAAGAGAAGAUUCAAAUUAUCUUGCUCACCAAUGACAGAAAAAAUAAAGAGAAAGCAGUGGAAGAGGGAAUAACUGCUUAUACCUGUGAAGAGUACAUAAAGAGCUUGAUAGCCAAUCCUGAACUUGUAGAUCGACUUGCGUGCUUAAAUGAUGAUGCGAAUGAGAUUGAAAGUGGAAGGAUACUUUUUCCAGAGCAUCUUCCCCUCAGCAAACUACAGCAGGGCCUAAAGUCUGGUCUGUACCUCCAAGGAACCUUCAGAGCUAACAGAGAUAAUUACCUUGAAGCCACAGUUUGGGUUCAUGGAGAUGGAGAAGAGAGAGAGGUCAUAAUACACGGACUUAAAAACCUAAACCGUGCAGUGCAUGAAGAUAUCGUAGCGGUGGAACUUCUGUCAAAGGAUGCCUGGGCUGCACCUUCCUCUGUCGUCCUGCUUGACGAUGAGCCCCAGAAUGAAGAGGAUGAUGUAGAAAAAGAGGAAGAGAGAGAAAACAGUCUGAAAACUUCUGUGAGCAAGAGUAUGCUGCGACCAACUGGCCGAGUUGUUGGCAUUAUAAAAAGAAACUGGAGGCCUUUUUGUGGCAUGCUUUCUAAAUCUCAAAUAAAAGAGGCAAGACGGCAUUUAUUUACACCAGCGGAUCGCAGAAUCCCUCGAAUUCGAAUAGAAACAAGACAGGCUUCAACACUAGAAGGACAAAGAAUUAUUGUUGCUAUUGACGGCUGGCCUAGAACUUCAAGAUAUCCUAAUGGUCAUUUUGUGAAGAACUUAGGAGCAGCUGGGGAUAAGGAGACUGAGACUGAAGUCCUCCUGCUUGAACAUGAUGUCCCGCACCAGCCUUUCUCCCAAGCUGUUCUGAGCUUCCUGCCCCAAACGCCGUGGAGCAUUACAGAUCAGGAUAUGAAAUUUCGAGAGGACUUGAGGCAUUUAUGUGUGUGCAGUGUGGAUCCUCCUGGCUGUACAGAUAUUGAUGAUGCAUUGCACUGUAGAGACCUGGAAAAUGGAAAUCUGGAGGUUGGUGUACACAUUGCGGAUGUCAGCCAUUUCAUUCGACCGGGAAAUGCUUUGGACCAAGAAUCUGCAAAAAGAGGCACAACCGUGUAUCUUUGUGAAAAGAGGAUUGAUAUGGUUCCAGAGCUGCUGAGUUCAAACCUAUGUUCACUGAGAUCCAAUGUUGAUAGGCUGGCUUUUUCGUGUAUAUGGGAAAUGAACCACAAUGCUGAAAUCUUGAAAACUAGAUUUACAAAAAGUGUCAUUAACUCCAAGGCUUCCCUUACAUAUGCUGAGGCACAAAUGCGAAUAGAUUCCACCAACAUGCGUGACGAGAUCACUGUUAGUCUACGUGGAUUAAACAAACUAGCCAAAAUCCUGAAGAAGCGUCGAAUAGAUAACGGGGCUUUAACACUUUCUUCACCUGAAGUUCGUUUCCACAUGGAUAGUGAAACCCAUGAUCCUAUUGAUUUACAAACAAAGGAACUCAAAGAAACCAACUCCAUGGUUGAAGAGUUCAUGUUACUUGCUAAUAUCUCUGUGGCACAAAAGAUCUAUGAUGAAUUUUCAGAGCAUGCCUUGCUGAGAAAGCAUCCCGCGCCGCCUCCAUCAAAUUAUGACAUCCUUGUGAAGGCUGCCAAGUCUAAGGGCUUGGAGAUCAAGACUGAUUCCGCAAAAGCUCUGGCGGAUUCCUUAGACAGUGCAGAAUCUUCUUCUUUUCCAUACCUGAACACGCUAUUACGCAUCUUGGCAACUCGGUGCAUGAUGCAAGCAGUUUACUUCUGCUCUGGAAUGGACACAGACUUUCACCACUAUGGUUUAGCAUCACCUAUUUAUACGCAUUUUACUUCACCUAUCAGAAGAUAUGCUGAUAUUAUUGUGCAUCGACUGCUGGCUGUGGCCAUAGGAGCAGACAGUACAUACCCUGACCUUACCGAUAAACAUAAAUUGGCAGAUUUGUGUAAGAAUCUCAAUUAUAGGCAUAAAAUGGCUCAGUAUGCACAGAGAGCGUCUGUUGCCUUCCACACUCAGUUGUUUUUCAAAAGCAAAGGUGUGGUGAAUGAAGAAGCGUAUAUUCUGUUUGUAAGGAAAAAUGCAAUUGUGGUUCUGAUUCCCAAAUAUGGCUUAGAGGGCACUGUCUUCUUCGAAGAGAAGGAUAAACCAAAACCAACACUUGUGUUCAAUGAUGAGAUUCCUUCUCUGACUGUGGAAGGCACAACAUUUUAUACAUUUGAUAAGGUUAAAGUCAACAUCAUGUUAGAUGCGUCCAACAUCCAGCAUCAGAAAAUCCGCAUGGCUCUGGUAGAACCCAAGGUGCUAGGCGGAAGUGAUACAUGCCAUGCAGUGCAACUGAGCAGUACCAAUGAACCAGAGAAAAAGAAGACAAAAUUGGGAGAAUAGCUUCAUUUUUAGCAAUGAAUAAAAAUGUUCAAUAUAAAAUAGUUAAGGCCAAUUAGAUGAUCUUUUAUAUUGUUUUAAAGAGACUUUUAAAAGCAGUUUAUAAAAUGUGAUUCCUACAAUUGUUCAUUCUCCCCUGAUGUAAUUUUAAAAUAUUGUUCAUGUAUUGCAUUAAAGGUAUCACUUACAAAAUGAA